GAGAGAGAGAGAGAGAGAGAGAGAGAGAGCAGCAACAGUUUUUUUUUCUGAAUUCGAAUCGCACUUCAGAAAUAAAACGGCACAAAACAGGACGGUUUCAGCUGACGCCAGCUUCAGGGGGGCGAUGAUCAGUUUUCACCUUUGACCCCCCUCGUCAGAGUGACCUGACCCCUUUCCGAGGGGCGGUGCCUGUAGAGCCCAGGUUGUCACCAUGACGACAGCCUCCUCCCUAUUAGGUAGAGGUCUGGGCCUGGUGCUGGUGGAGUUUGAGUAUGAGUAUGAGGCUCGGGAUGGGGAGCUGGUGUCUAUCAAACCCAAUGAGCGCUACACUCUGCUGGCAAAGACUAAUGAUCACUGGUGGCAAGUUCGCAAGGACCAGAACACCAAACCCUUCUAUAUCCCUGCCAAGUAUGUUAAAGAGCUUCCAACAGACAUUCCCUCACCUCUGGACUUUGCUGAUCUGCCAUGUCCUAAACCAGUGCUGGUUCCUGUGGUUGCACCGGUACCGGUGCCAGUCCCUGUUCCAAAGACUCUGGACAGCACAGAGGAGCCUAGUGGUACCAGGAACAAACCUGGAGAUGAGGUGAUGAUUCGGGUACGACCUGAUAUGUCUCACACUUACCGGAAGAUAGAUAACCGUAUGUCCACUUUUGGUGUACCACUGGAAUUUAAUGACCUCUCAGCCUUUGUAUCUGCACAACGGAGUACCAACAAAACGAACAGUAUUCCUGCAGAAUCUGGAAGCACAGGGACAAGUGGCACAACAACUGCAGCUGAUAGUACCUCAGGUCAAAAGCAGGCCAGCCAUUGUACAGGAAGGCUUCUUCCUGCAGAUGACCAAAGCCAUUGUGGGAAACUGCGGGUUCCCAGUUUCAGUCCAGCAGACCCCAUUACCACAACUCGAUCCCACACUCAGGCUAUACCAGUAGAGACCCCUGUGGUUCCUGUUGCUCCACCUCCUACUCAUAGCAACCACAGCAGUGUGUCCUCAAUAGACCUGGGUCUGGAGAAGGACCAGGAGUCUCCAGUAGAGGAAAGGGAGGAGGAAGAGGAGAAGCUGAGUGUGGAAGAGAGUGGUGGUGAGGAAGAGGCAAAGCUACCACAGGUGGAAGACUCCAACCACAUCUAUGAGUCCAUUCAGGAUAUGAACCUGGAUGUGGAGGCUCUGCUUGCAAGCAGAAAAAGUCCAAUAGAACCACAUGAACCUUCACCGGACCUGUCCCCAGCACAGCAUGACAGUACUCUGAGGCCUGACUCUCCCAUCUACACAAACAUAUCCAGCCGGACGAAGAUGACGUUGCCACCAAACAUCUCCAUCUCCAGCCCCACCCACCCUCUAACUUUGGUUCCAAACACCACCACAUCUUCUCAAAGCCACAGUCCUUCCUCAUCAGUCUCCUCUUCUGCAAUAAUAAGCCCCAUCUCCCCCUUCAGCCCACAGGACGGAUGGCAGGUUCACACGGAUCGAGAAAGCGGGAAAGUGUUUUAUUAUCAUCCUAUGACCAGACGGACCACCUGGUCUAACCCCCGUACCCCGCCACCUGCUGGACAAUUGGAGCAGUGUAGUGCAGAUGAGGAUGUCAGUCCCACCACCUCACAGGGUUCAGGUGACUGGGAGAAGCUGCUGGAUGAAUGUUCAGGCAGACCGUACUACUAUAACACCGUGUCAGGAGCCACGACAUGGGACCAGCCAGAGCCAAACCUCUCUCCUGGACCCGCAACUGCUGCAGACGCCAUCAAGAGGCCUGACGGUGGCCCGCCUCCACUGCCAGAAGAAGACUAUCCUGUGGGCGGGAAGAGUGACACCAGAGCUGACGUCACACAGCGUGCUAAGCCGCAUUUAGGCCUGAUUCCUAGAGCUCAGCUGGAUGUCACUGCUCCUUCAGGCAGGACAACUUCCACUGACGUUGACAGCCCAACACACCAGCAGCUCCCAGUUUUACCACAAAGGCUGAUGGGAAAUGGAGUUGAUGAGGAUGGAGUGCUGAAGAACUGGAGACAAAGUGUUGCUGUUGUUGAUAGGUUUAUUCCAGGACACAGGAGGAUCACAUCCAACCAGAGCGAGGUGUCCAGCAGGGGGCACUCCCCUGACAGUCCACAGUGCCACAUGCUGGAGAAAGCUGGGAUCCUCAAUAAGACCAAAGUGGUGGACAACGGCAGAAAAAUCAGGAAGAACUGGUCUCAGUCCUGGACAGUUCUGCAUGGAGGAAUCCUCACAUUCCACAGAGAUCCCAAGUCUGCUGCAGCUGGAAAUGCUACUAAAGCCUCACAGAUUGUUCCCGAAUACACCAUUGAACUGAGGGGAGCUUCAAUCAGCUGGGCUUCCAAGGACAAAUCUUCCAAGAAGAAUGUUCUAGAGCUGAAGACCCGUCAGGGUUGCGAGUACCUGAUACAGUACGACACUGAAAGCAUCAUCUGUGACUGGCACAGAGUUAUCAUGGACUCCAUCGCACAACUGGACCAGGAUCAUCUGUCAGAGGAGGAGGAUGAGGUGGGUUCAGACAAAGAGGACAAAGACCGAAAAAGGACAUCGACUCUGAGUUUAUCCGGGGCAGCUGACUCUGAGCAGAGACGAAUUCGGAACAAACUGCGGCGAUUUCUCCAGCGGAGGCCGACUCUGCAGAGCGUCAAAGAGAGGGGCUACAUUCAAGAUAAUGUUUUUGGCUGUCACCUGGAUACACUCUGUCACAGAGAAAACACUACAGUUCCUAAAUUUGUGGAGAAAUGUAUCCGAGUAGUGGAGAGACGAGGUCUGGAUGUUGACGGGAUCUACAGAGUUAGUGGAAACCUGGCUGUGAUCCAGAAACUCAGACACAAAGCCGAUCACGAGGAGCAGCUGGACCUGGAGGACGGACAAUGGGAGGAGAUCCAUGUCAUCACCGGAGCGCUCAAACUUUUCUUUCGGGAGCUUCCAGAGCCACUGUUCCCCUUCAGCAGCUUUGACAAAUUCAUUGCUGCCAUCCAGCUUCAUGACUUCAACCUUAAAGUCUCCUACAUGAAGGAUCUGGUUCGCCUGCUGCCUCUGCCAAACCACAACACCAUGGAGGUGCUGUUCAAACACCUGCGCAGGGUGAUUGAGCACAGGGACUCCAACAGGAUGUCAUUUCAAAGUGUUGCCAUAGUGUUUGGCCCGACGUUGCUCCGCCCCCAGCUCGAAUCACCCAAUAUGACCAUUAACAUGGUCUACCAAAGCCAGAUUGUGGAACUCAUGCUGAGUGAGUUCCAGACAAUUUUCUCCCAGAGCUAGAGGAACACGUAUAACCAAAGGAGAACCUUCUGAAACACUCCAUAUGCUUCCAGAAUAUCAAGGGAACAGCCAACAAACUUCCAAGGACUUUGGGCCUAAACCUCAUCUUUUCAUGAACCCAAAUUCACAGAGGACUAAACCUAGAUCAGCAACCUACACAAGAUGUCCUUUUUUGUAUAUUAAAGGAGGAACCAAGAACCUGCUCAGAAGCUUUCAUCAGUGGAUGCAUUCAGGGUGUGGGGACUUUUAUUUGGCACCUUAAAGAUGAAAAGCUACUCUAACUUGAUAGAAGUCAAGAAUUCUUCAAGCUCUGUUGACUUAAAAAGUCAUGCACAAUUGAACCAACAGCCUGCAGGCAUGUGCCUGAAAUGGGACUUGAGUGGACCCAUGGAGAACCUUGCACUCUUGGCACCUUUAGUCCAGUGUCUUCACAGUGACGUUACCAAGUGUUUUAAUUUUUUUUGGUAACGUUCAUUAACAGAUGUUAAAGUGGAGUCAUGAGUAUUUCAUCAAAUGUAACGCUUCUGUCCUUUAACAUCACACUUCUUGGUGUGACGGUUUGUGCUGGUAACUAGAAGAACACUAAUUAGGGUGUGUACUGCCACCAAGACCCAAAACACCGUCUUGUUCCAAUAAAAAAAAUUGAAAAUAAAAACUCUAGACUAGAACCUUUCUAUGGCCCCAACGUAGAAGCUAAUAGCACCGGCCCCAGUUCAGACCCAAAUGUUUCAUUAUACUUGGAGUCUUUCUAACUGCUUCCUGUCUUUGAUAAGCCACGUCACAAGUUUCCUGUUUUCAACCUAUUGUUCAAAUAGCUAACCUAGCUAAUCUAUUAGUUUUCCUGUUUCUAGGCUUUGUGCUGAGCUAGGCUAGCAGUUUCCUCAUGUUUCCAUGUUUUAGAUCAUAGGCAUCAAACCAAUUCCCGAAAGGGCCAAGAGGGUGCAGGUUUUCAUGGUAACCACCAACUCUAGCUGGUGAUGUCACUGAGUAACAUCACUUUGACCAGAUGGGGUGAAGUUCAUCAGUGAAAUCACUUGGUGGAGUUGGUGGUUACACAGAAAACCUGCACCGUCUUUGCCCUUUCUCGAAUCAGUUUGACGCCUGUGAUGCUAAACACCAAUGACAUCUGAGCCUCAGUCACACUGGUAUCAUCUGACAGAAUUUAAAGAAAUAUUCCAAUGAAGACGUUCUGAUUUAAAUUUGUAUUUGAUGACAUUUUGACACAUGCUGAAAGUGGCUUUAUGUGUUUCAGAACAAUAACUAUAAAAGUUUGAACUAUUAAAUGAAUGAACAUCAGAGUAUUUUGUCCUGACAUUAAAGAAAAUAAAUCCUGUGUAACAGUGA